GGACGGCGCUCCCCCCACCCACCCCCAAGCGGAAGCGACCCACCCAGCUGUUCUAUAGAUCCCACAUUCUCCCCCCUCCAUCCAUCCUGCAAUCUCUGCAGGUAAAGGCCGACCUUUGCCCAGGUGGCUCCGGGGGAUGGAUGCGACGCACCUGAGCCAGGAGACUCCAGAGUGCCUGAGCUGGGUGAAAAUGGAAGCAGAUGAAAGCCGCUGGUCUCAGAAGAUCUCUCCUGUCAGGACUGAGGAAAGGUGCUCUGAGGGAGUGAUUUGCGAGGGACAUCAAGGGCUCAUCGGUGUGACCCUUGCAAGAUUUCAGCAACCACAAACACGAGGGGGAAAAAACAACCCCCUGAGUAACAAUCAUGUUGGCUGUUGGAGGCCUUAGAAACAGCAUGGAAGGCGCUGUGAUCCCCAAACCUGAACCUGACUGGGCAGAGCUGGAACAGGGAUCUGACAAUCCCAUGGAGAAACAACCUACCCUUCAGGCUGCACUUAUCGGAUGUGAUGGUCAAGGUUGGGUGCCUGAGAAGGAAAGAAAAGAGGAAGAGGGAAACACUCCUAAUAAAGGGAAUUCAAAACAAUCGUCUGGGGAGGUAAAAGCAGAAGAUCAACGCCUCCAAGCUCCUGAGCAGGAAGAGAUUGUGGAAGACGAGAGGAAAACCAAAAGGCAGAAGGAUAAAAUUCUGGCCGGCAACAGUCUAAAUGAGCCAGUUUUUCAUGUUCCAAGUGAUAAAAACUCCACCAAGAGACACUCAGUGUGCAGCCAGUGUGGAAGAUGCUUCAGCAGUAUCUCUAGCCUCAUUGCUCACGAGAGAAUCCACACGGAAGAGAAGCUCUAUAGAUGCCUGAGCUGUGGGAAGACGUUUGGGAAGAAAUCUACGCUCAUUGUCCACGAAAGAAUCCACACACAGGAGAAACCAUACCCAUGUCCCAUCUGUGGGAGGAGCUUCAGCCAGAUCUCCAGCCUCACGGCCCACCAGAGAAUCCACACGGACGAGAAGCCAUUUGAGUGUUCAUUGUGCGGGAAGAGCUUCAGUGUGAAAUCCAGCCUGAUCGCCCAUGAGAGAAUCCACACAGGGGAGAAGCCCUACAAGUGCACAGAUUGUGGGAAAAGCUUUGGCCACGUCUCUGCUCUCAUUGCGCACGUGAGAACCCACAGAGGUGAGAAGCCCUUUACUUGCUCUGCGUGUGGGAAAUGCUUCAGCCAGAGCUCCAACCUCAUCGUGCACGAAAGAAUCCACACUGGAGAGAAGCCCUACCAGUGCUCCGAUUGCGACAGGAGCUUCAACUGCAGCUCAGUCCUCAUUCGGCAUCAGAGAAUCCACAGCGAGGACAAACCGUACGAGUGUUCGGACUGCGGGAAAAACCUGAGCUGUAGCGCCAGCCUCAUUAGGCAUCAGAGGACCCACACGGGGGAGAAGCCCUUUGAAUGCUUAGACUGCGGGGAAAGCUUCAGUGUGAAAUCCAGCCUCAGUGACCACCGGAGAAUCCACAUGGGCGAGAAACCCGAUAAAUGUACAGACUGUCCAAAGGACGACUGUGUGAGGCCUUGCAUUGGUGCAGACGAGAGACUCCACGGAAGAGAAAAGAGGUACAACUGUGCAGAUUGUGGGAAGUGCUUUGCCAGGAAUUCAAACCUCAUUAGACACCAGAGGAUCCAUACAGGCAAGAAACCAUACAACUGCACAGAGUGUGGGAAGAACUUCCUCUUGAGCUCAGACCUUAUUGUCCAUCAGAGAACCCACACGGGAGAGAAGCCAUACCAGUGCUCAGACUGUGGCAAAUGCUUUAGCUGGAGUUCUCAGCUCCACGUGCACCAGAGAAUCCACACCGGAGAGAAGCCCUAUGAGUGCUCAGACUGUGGCAAGAGCUUCACUUGUAGUUCAGGCCUGGCUAGACACCAGAGGACUCAUGUAGGAAAGAAAUGGUCGCAAAGCCCAGAAUGAGGAGAGACCUGUGUUUGAAUCUCACCGCACACCAGAAAACAGAAACUAUACAAAUGAGGGUACUGUGGGGAAAGUUUCCAUACAAGACCUUCACACACAAGUGAUUAAAAUGGGGAAUUUGCUGUCA